AUGCCUUCUACCAAUCCUCCAUCAAUUGGGAUCGCAAGCCCCGCCAAUGGGUGUGGACCUGAUGAGCCGCUGGGGAUACUACUUCAAUCGCUCGGCGCUGCAGAGGCUGGACAGGCUGGGACUGAAGAGGUAGCACCCAGCGAGGGCGCUCGGCGAGAUACCCAGGAGACUGGUCAAAUUGGAAUUGACAAUGGAGCACCAGGUGUCGCAGCAGAAGCAGACUGGGGACAGUCUGUCUUCUCCAAGAUAUUCUAUGCGGCCAGUCUCCAAGGCAUGGAUGACGCUUACCGGGCUAUCAGAGUCAAUCCAGAGCAUGUUGCAGUGGUGAGCUUAACCCAAGCUCAUCUUGCGACUGAGUGUCGCAAGCAAGUGUCGGCUGCCUUCGAAUCGGGCGAUAAGGAAGCCUUGCUUCAACUCAUUCAUGAAUUAGGUGACAAGGUCGUCUCGCAACUCGACCUCGCGCAUAAGUGGCAUGUCGUCGAGAGCCUUUCGCAUUUGUCCCACCGUGACCAUGAACGCCUUGCGCAAUGUUUCGCCACGGAGAACGUCGUCGACGAUGAGUGGACUGACCAGAAUGGGGAGUGGAAAAAGAUGCAUCGCAAGCCGAGAGUUGAGGAUUUGGCACGAUCUAUCACUUUGCCUAUUAUUAACAACGACCGGAUUCCCUCGUGGCUGAUGUGGCUGUUCCCCGUUGAAGAAGUCCAAAUCGGCCCCGAGGUGGGAAAUCGGGUGCAAACCGCAGGGUUGGUCAGGACCUUGACAACGUCGUUUAUCCUGGGAGCUAGUAUCGUAAUCGGGACACCUAUUGUUGUUCUGGCGACAGAAGCUUUUCCAAAGCCGGCGAAUAUUUCUGUUCUCGCAGGUUCAGCUCUUGUCUUUUUUCUCUUACUCGUCUGGUGGUUACCGGAACAGGACAGUGACCACCUACUACUUUAUGUGCUUGCCUACCUGGCUGUUCUCGUUAAUGUUAACGUUGGUGGGAAUUGA